AUAAUGUAGUUUUGCGUAAGACACACAACUUGUACAUUUUCGUAAACAUAAUGAUCUCAGCUUGCUAGUGUCUUUGUUUUGUUUUUUUCUUUUUUUUUUUCUUUCUUUUUUCUUUUUUUUCUUUUCUGAAAUAUUUUCAUAGUUCAAGAAAAAUACAUUAUGUUGGUAUUUGUAAUUGAAAAGCAAUUCUGAAGAUAAUCAGAUUUUUUAAUUGUAAUGUAAGGGAACCACAGCUAUGUUCCUUAGUGAACAAGUGUAACCGUGACAUCUCUGUGAGAUGACAGCAACCUCAGUGAUCAUAUCACUGUCCGAUGUAGACCUGUUGUAUAGGUCAUGAUAAAAAGGAAAAAUACUUACAGAUCCUUGGAUUGCAUCAAGCAUACCAUUAAUUAUAGCUUGGUGUUGUACAAAGUUAAGGAAAGUUUGUUUUGGGAUUGUUGGAUCACAUACUCGGAUUGUGAAUGUAUUAUAGACUUGUACAUAGCCUCUUGAACCAGUGCUCAAUGUAUGUACAGUGCAGAUUGCUUGUGUGGAGGAUUGGAUUGUGCAUUGACGUCAUUCACAAGUUUUGAAUAAAGUCAUGUGGAUUCAGUCACACUCCCCACACAGUGCAAGUCUUCUUUAUUGAGGUAUUGGCAUUAGAAAUUUUUUUGUCAUCAUCAUAUUUUAUUUAUUCAUUUAUUUAUUAAUUUAUUCAUUUGUUUAUUUAUUUUUUAAGCUUGUUCAAAACCCUACUUUUCAGUUUUGUAAUGUCUGUAGUGAGACUCUGUAACUAACUUUUUUUUAGGACACUGCAGGAGGAAAAAAGUGCAGUGCAAUAAUUUGUUGGUGUAAGUUUACUGCACAGAGGAGUGUACCAAUAAGGAAACAGUGUCUUAAUGUUUACUGCACCCUAGGCAACACUCCAAGAACACUUGCCACUUUGGCUCAUGCUCAGAUUACUAUGAUGCUUUUUAAAUACAGUCACUCAUAGUUUCUUUAAUAUACAGACAACACUUUCUCAGUGAAAGUGUCAGCUUCUGAUCUUUCAGGUUUUGUUUAUGUUUUAUUUUGAAUGGUGAUGAGUCUGCUUUAUAUAUCUUAACUGUCAACCAGAGCUUGGUCAUUUUUGUCACCUUGUUUAUUUAACACCAGCUUUUGGUUAAGUUUGGUGAAGAUAGUGGCUUAUCUCAGUAUUACUUGCUUGGUAGGAAGGAGACAGACAACCUAACUUUGUGACAAAGGCCAGUGUGCUUUGUAGCUCCGCCUCACCUCAAGGCCUUGGAAGACAAUAUCACCACAGAUUACCAUUUUGGAACAGUUUUAAUGUGAUUUCUGAGUGACACCUUAUCAUGCUGUGGGCACCAUAACUGAAUAGUUAGUACUUGGAUCUCACCCAAAUUUUACUAGGUUGAAAUCUACAUUAGCAGUGUAUGUCCAGUUCCUCUACACUGAGACGUCAGGGACAGAACCAGGGAAAAUUCCUGUGGCUGUCUUAUGGACACUGCAGGCCUGGCAGUGCAAUGCAGUGUGCUAUAAUGUGGAGGAGAAUCAUAACUUUUGCAGCCUGAACUGAAUGCAGUUUUAUUAAACAUAUAUUUAUAAGCUCCAUGCUCUGUGGAGUUUCAUAUCCUUUCUACAUGAAAUAGACAUUAACAUUUUAUUAGUAACUUGUAUAGUCUGUACUUCAAUCAGUUAAAACUGAAGAUUAGCUCACUGCAGUGUUGUAGAUUUCUUCUUUUCAUUGAUGUCAUUUUGUUUUGUCUUGCUCUGAGUUCUGCAUGGUUUAGCAACAUUAAGCUCCACAAGCCUUCCUACCAGAAUUCCCUUAAAUAGAACAUGCCCAUCAUUGUAGAAGCUGAAGUUUUCUUUCAAAACUUGAAUAUUCUGACAGCUUUUAUACCCGUAUAAUGAACACGUUUCUGGGAACAAGGUAAUUUUAGAUCAGCAGCAUCUCUUAAUUCUUUAUUUUUUCCCCAAGUUCUUCAGUAUCCCUCUGCAGAAUACCUGGGAUGUCUUUCUAUGGAGUGUGUCUAAAGGAAAGGUUCUACAUUAUAUACUGGGCUGUAUUAUCAUGUAUAUAUUCCAUUAAUGAGAAACCUCUACUGUAAAAGAUCUGUGUUCUCAGCAUAUACUAUGCACCAGUUGCUACACCUUGUACAUUGGUUCACUCUUCAGCAGUAAGAUGUCAGGACAGCACCAGUCAGGGACCAACGUGAUCAACACUUCUUUAGCCUUCACAGUCCCUUCAUCAUGCUUUCCCUUCUACUUCUCAUCUCCUUCCCUCCACCUGAAUCUUAUCUCAUUUAUGAACUAUUUCAUUAACUUUACCUCCUUCUCUUUCAGUCCACUGUAUUAGCUUCCUACCCUGGGCUUUAUUUCUUACAAUCUGCCAACCUUGUUCAUUCCUCUCAUAUUUCUCUCUCCACAAUUAUUUGUUGAUCCAUCUUUUUAGAAUAUGCAUCUUACCAUUCUUUUGCUUCCCAUAUCAAAACUGAUGUGUCUAAGUUUUUAGAUGGUGUUGGCUAUGAGGUAGUUUUUUUUGUGCUCCACUUAAGAGAAUCCCUUCAUCUUGCAUCAUUAUCUUUCCUGCUUAACUCUGUCUCAUCAGCUUUGUGGUAAAACAUCUUUUAUCUUCUGUUUUUAUUAUUUUUUCUGACUUGCAGCACACACACAUUGCUACAAUCCCCAGCUCACUCACAUCCUCUUCUGAAUUAUAUUUAAGAAUGGCCUUUUUUGCCUUUAAGUACAUAAAAUCCAUUAAUUUCUAUUGAAAUUGCACUUAAUACUCUAAUAUUCAAGUCCACUCUCCUACAAGUAUUUUCAAUCCUUCAGUCAUCCCAUUCCUGGCAUGCGUUAUUUUCUCAAUCCCAGCACUCCUAAAAUGCUCUCAGGAAAUGAGCUCCAAACAAAAUCAAACCAUAUUUUUUUAACCUGUUCUCAUUCAUCACAUCCAAGUGGUAGACGGGUAACAGCACGUCUCUGACUCGGACAUGCAUGAUUAAAUGAGCUUUGAUCCACCACUUUUGUAUCCCUGCUGUAACUGCCCACUAACAGUUCCUUGUAUCUUUUGUCACUUGUCCUGCUGUUAUAUCUAUACACCUUACCACUGUUCCUUUCCUUUCUUCACUUUCAUGACCUUCCUCUCUUCAGAGGUGACUCCAGCACCUUUUUAUUAACUGAAAUUAUGUCCCUUCUAUACCACAAAAUGUCUUAUACAAUAUUCAAUUCCUUCAUGCCUUCUGUUGUGUCAGAUAAUUCUUAAUUGGCUCAGUGGUUUCAUCAAUUAGUAAUUCAUUUAAACUUAUUUGGGUAAUACAGCAAAGAAAGAGAAACCUGCAGCUCAUGUCUUUUAGGUCACACUAGAUCUACACAUGGAUUUGUCAUGCUUAGAGUUUAGGUCACACUAGUUUACACACAAAUGUCACACUUAGAGUUCAGGCUACUCUAGAUUUACCCACAGAUAUGUCAUGCCUAGAGUGUACCCUUGACUCACCCCACCACCCAGUUUUUUCCUUGUAUUAUGACAGAUUUUUUCCCACUUCCAAUCUUUCCAUAGAGCGUUGAACAGUGUAUCCUGGCCAACGCACACAGAAGGUAUUUGUGUAUAAGGAAUCAAAGAAUGCAAAACAAGUUGUGAUACAAUUGAAGCACUCAGUUGUGUAUUUGCCAAACCUUUGUAUUCGUCACCAAGAUGAAGUGUUGUCUCUACGAAAACUUGAGGGUUUUUUGAUAGGGUUGCUGGUGUUCAUGAGAGUGAGGAUUUGUUCAGUUGUCAGCAACAGAUUGGUGUGCUGACUUGGUGUGAAUGGUCACCUUUUGUACCAUGUUGUGAGGUGCUGUGGUUGCUCUGCUCUGUGAGGUCUGAUGAUGGCUGUGACUGAGGAUUUGUUGGCUCGCAGUGUUCUCAGUUUUGUAUUGUCUCGUCUUCGUGUCUGCUACAUGAGGGAUGAAUUUUUAAGCUGCUUAUAGUUUCUCUUCAUGUUAUGUACUUGUGUGACAUUUUGCUGAAUCCAAGCUUUGCAGUCAAAUUCAUUAUGUAGUGUUGUUUGUAAGGCCCUAGGAAAACCCUCACUGUUACCCUGCUAUUGUUGACCAUCCUAUGAGCAUACCUCCCACUCAAGUAUUUGGUUAGCCAGGCAGCAUGAGAAACUCUUCUUACAACUGGGCACUCUAAAGAAAAUAGACUAGCCAGGCUUCCCUACAAGCAGGUGACUCAAUUGUCUCAAUUGUUCAUAUCACCUUGAUUUGUAUCCCUUAGGCUAAUUUUUUUUACUGUGUGAGGUCCAGACAACUUUUGUACCUUACAAGUCUUAGUUUAUACUUCCAAGACUUUUGUACCUUGCAAGCAAGUCUUACAUUAUGCAUUGCAAGACUGGCUUUGUAUCACAUGAGGCUCACCAUGUACCUGACAAAGGAUAUCUUAUAUUUUAUAAGCCCUUACUAGUAUCACAAGAUUUACAUGUACCUUUGCAUGGCUCAUGAUGUACUUGUAAGACCUAGCUUACACUUACAUGUAUGAUGUAGGUUUAAUGUUUCACCAUGCCUCGCAAAACCCAUUUUCCUCCUUAUAAAGCAUAUCUUUAAAGCUUAUGUCAUACUUGUUUGAUGUAUGCAGGAUCUUGCAAGACCCACAUGUAUGUUGAGAGGCUUGGAGUGUAUCUGCAAGGUACAGGUUAUAACUUUACAAGGCUUGUAAAUACUUGGAAGAGAGUAUUUGCCUGCAGAACUUGUUCCUUGGAGGAAUUGCCUUGGCUGAGGCAAAGUUUUCUCUUACAAGUGUAACAGAAUGACAUGUAGCCCACACUGCUGCUUUUGCCACAGUCACAGUGGAAACAGCACCUGAUGGGUAAUAUGUUGACACCAUUGAGAUUAUUCUUUGUAUUUGUAAAGUGGCAACUGUGAGCAGAACAGACUCUUGCCUGAAGAUCAUGGUGCUGAAUUCUGCCACAAGGUCACUUCUUUUAUUAGAUUUAUAUCUCCUUUAUAAAAGGUGUGUGUAUAAGUGUGUGUGUGUGUGUGUGUGUGUGUGUGUGUGUGUGUGUGUGUGUGUGUGUUUACUUAGUUGUAUUUAUGUAGUUGUGACACACAGGAAAAGAGUGAUGUUGAUAGUGUUCCAUCUUCUUACCUGCUUUUAUCAAACUUGGCUUCAGAUUCUUGAACAUUUCCUGCAUGGAUCACUUCUGCAUCAAGUUUGUCCCAGAUUUCUCUGCUUCUAUAUAGAAAGUUUUAUAUCUCGUGCAUGUUGUCCAACUUUUUCUGUGAUCUUACGUUUCCGAGUCGCACACAAGCAUAUCUCCCGAAGUCUUUCCUCGUACAGUGAAUCACCCAGGCUGGUGAUCAUCUUUGUUGCUGUUGUUCAUUUUUGUUCAAUUUACUGUAUAUCUCCUAUUGUUUGACAGUUCACUGUCAUCUCUGGUAUCACCCAAUUCCCUCACAAACAGAUCUCCCUAACUAUUUUUUUGUACAGUGAGUUACCCAGUCUAGUGAUCAUCUUUGUUGCUGCUCUUCAUUCUUGUUCAAUUUACUCUAUAUCUCCUCUUGCUCAGUGAUUGUGCCACUGCUGCAUAUUCAAGCCUUGGAUGAGUCACUGAUACAUUCAGUUUCCUCCAGAUAUUUAAGCGCCAUUCAUACAUUUCUUAAAAGGUUGUAUGCUUCUCGGGUGAUCCUGUUUGUGUAUCCCUGUGUUACUCAAUUCUUUCAACCUUGAUUUUCCGUAUUGAUCAUUGUUUUUUUGUUUUUUUCUCUCUCUCUCUCUCUUUCUCUCUCUCUCUCUCUCUCUUUCCAUUGAAGUGUGUGUGUGUGUGGGGCGGUGUGUGUGUGGGGUGUGUGUGUGCACACGUGCAUGCGUGCACAUGCAUGUGUGACCUUGAGAGAUAGAUACAAUGAGCAGGAAUGACUUGUAGAUUUCACAAAACCUGCUCAGACUUGCCUUUAUAUAUAUCUUGUAAUAUUCACCCAACAUUUAUUACAAGAUGUGGAUUUAGGGAAAGUUCUUAUUCUGCGGAAGAUAACACAGUGUGUAUGUGCGUGUAGCCUGUGUUUAGGGACUUGGUGGUUGUCCGUCUUACUUUGCCUGAGUACUCAAUCCCUUAAACCCCUUGCACAGGUAGAGAUCCUGUUUACAUGUACUCUGUGUCUUGAGAAUAAUGGUACUUGUCUGGAUAUCCCUACUAGCCUCACCACUUGUAUGUGUGUCAAUGAUUUGUGUCCAGUUGAACCAUGUAUACCUAUUGAGUUUACUUACACUUUUCCCUUUGUCCUGUGUAUGACUGGGUAAUAUUAGUAAGCAGAAUAUUAACACACACAGGCAGGGCUGCUAGGGACACCAUAAAGGUUGUAUUGCUAUCUUCUAAAGCUGCUGGCCAAGUAACACAAUGACAAAGCUGCUAGGGACACUGAAAAGAUUGUAUCCCCAUCUCGUAACCCUGCUAGCCAAACCCAACCCAGGAGAGCGCUAACGUAGGCGAUGUUUGUAAUGAACGAGGGGUGUGGAUGUGACUCAGGCAGGCAGCUUGUGGGAAUGAGAGCCGUCCAGGACACUGAAGUCUGCAGAUGUGACCCACAACACCUGACUUGUUGGAAGCACCUGCAUCCAGUUACAAGUCUGUGCUGGGGCAUCUGUACCUGUGUGGGCCUCUUGUGCCUGUCUGGUCCUUGGCAAGAAGGUACCUGGUGAACAUUUUGACUUGACUGGUCUUCAUGCAUCUCUUGAACUUCCUGGAGCUUCAUAAGAGGGGGAUUUUGACUCCAGGACCAGCGCAGCGAGAGGGAGGGAAGGAAGAACAGCAGCAGCAGGAGUGGAGGCAGAGUCUUACAAGGAGAGGCAGACCGGCUGAAAGAUGAUUGCAGGACCUCAGGCAAGACUUUUUUUUUUUUUUUUUCCGCGGUCAGAGGCUGGUAUUAUGGUGCGAGGGUCACCUUUGUGUGUGUGUGUGUGUGUGUGUGUACCAUUUUAGAACACUGGUAUACUCUCUUUUUGCUCCUAGGUUUGCUGAAGCGACUGUCUGGCACACUGAUUUUAUCUUCCCGUCUUCAUUGUCUUAAUGAAGUGGUCUUGUUUCUAUUAUAUAUUUACUUGCCCCAAAAUCGCUGUGUUUUCUUUUGUAAUUAUUGUUAUUAUUAUUUGUUACAAAACAUUACCAUGCGGCACUUUAAUUGGAAAGGAAAGCGCUUUUAAUUAACAUUUCUCUCUCUCUCUCUCUCUCUCUCUCUCUCUCUCUCUCUCUCUCUCUCUCUCUCUCUCUCUCUCUCUGUAAUGCAUGGUUAUGUUUUUCUGUGUGUGUGUGUGUGUGUGUGUGUGUGUGUGUGUGUGUGUGAAAGGAGAAGGGGGGGGGGAGUGAAGAAGGAGGCACCAGUCCUGUCAGGGUAUUUCUGGGUGUAGUGUUAGGUUGGCCGCCAGAUGUGGCCUCCCAUUGGUUCUUUUCUCAGCCCUCACUCAACUGCCAAAUACAUUUUUGCUGCUAACUUACGUACCUCAUUCAUGCCGUUCACCUUUCUUCACUCGAGACCAGUAUGACUCAUGGAACUGUGAAUAUACUUGUGUUGGGCUUGUAACUGUCAAUAUCCGAUGUAAUUUACAAUUUCGGUGUCGGUGGAGAGGAAUAAUUUUGGACGCGGUGACUGCCUGUGUAUGUGUGCCAACUCUCUCAGUGGCUGGUGUACUUAAUGACCUGCUCUAAGGAGGGAAGGCAGUAGAUCUCGGCCCUAGUGUUGGGGUAUUGCGCGUGUGUGAAAGGGUGCAGUGUUGAAGGUAGCGUGGUGAGCUGUGGCUGGUUGUGACGGGAGGGCAUCAGAGGACCGGUAGAAGGCGCAUAUAAACCCAUUUAAUACCAGUCUCCGUUAAACAUGGCCAGUGUCUUUUCUAGAGGCGGUAAGGCUCCUUCCAAGCUUUGUGUUCAGAUUAUGAAACGUUUCUGCGUCUUACCUCCACUGCAUUUAAAAGGCUCUAAGUAGUUAAGGUGAUGGGUUUUUAAUGUUUUCAUGGUUAUAGCGAGAUCAACAAGAUUUUUACAUUAUUAACAGGAGAAACACGAGAAUCGGGUAAAUCAUUUUUAUGGCCUUUGAAAAUAGUAUUGGAGGAGCAAAGCGUUUCAGAAUACGGACAUGUGUGCUCUAAAUUAUUAAAAUGUUUCUAUCUGCCGCUCCCCGCACUGCCUGUGUUUUUGGUUUUCCAGGCCAAGGGUUUUUGAAGUGCAUAGGGACGCGGUUGAGUCAUGCCCAGGCUGCGUGUAGGGACAUCCUGCAGGGGGAGCUGGAGGGGAUGAAGGCUGCCGGCACGUGGAAAUACGAGCAUGUGAUCACCAGCAAACAGGGUGUCACCAUCCGCGUGGAGGGGCAGCAGGCAAGCGUCCUCAACUUCUGUGCUAACAACUAUCUCGGUCUCUCAAGUCAUCCUGAGGUUGUGCAGGCAGGGAAAGAUGCCCUGGACAAGUAUGGUGCAGGGUUGUCCUCUGUACGCUUCAUUUGUGGCACUCAGACCAUCCAUAAGGAACUCGAAGAAAAAAUAGCAAAGUUCCACAGUCGUGAAGAUUCUAUACUGUACGCUUCUUGCUUUGACGCUAACGCCGGGCUGUUUGAGAUCCUGCUGACGCCCCAAGAUGCUGUUCUGUCAGACGCGUUGAAUCAUGCCUCUAUCAUUGACGGUAUUCGUCUGUGCAAAGCUCGGAAAGCCAAAUACCAGCACAAGAAUAUGCAAGACCUAGAAGCCAAGCUGCAAGAGGUUAAGGAUGCACGUAUGAAGCUCAUCGUGACAGACGGGGUGUUCAGUAUGGAUGGCAACGUGGCACCUCUGCCAGAAAUAUGUGCCUUGGCUGAGAAGUAUAAUGCUAUGGUGUUUAUUGAUGAGUGCCAUGCUACAGGUUUCUUUGGCAAAACAGGAAGGGGAACAGAGGAACACUUUGGUCUCCAGCCAGGUAAGGUGGACAUCAUCAACAGCACACUGGGCAAAGCAUUGGGUGGAGCAGCGGGAGGCUACACCACUGGGCCCAAAGAGUUGAUCUCUCUUCUGCGACAGCGAGCAAGACCUUACCUCUUCUCUAAUUCUCUGCCACCACCAGUUGUUGCCUGUGCCAGUAAGGUAUUUGAUUUACUCCUUGGAAGUUCAGGAUAUGCUGAAAAAGUUCAAGCCAGCACAGACCGAUUCAGAUCCCAGAUGACUGAUGCCGGGUUCAUUAUUGCUGGAGAAAACCAUCCCAUCUGUCCAGUCAUGCUGGGAGACGCUCGUCUUGCUACAGUCUUUGCUGACCAGAUGUUAGAAAGAGGAAUCUUUGUCAUAGGCUUCAGCUUCCCAGUGGUUCCCAAAGGAACAGCAAGGAUCAGAGUUCAAAUUUCUGCUUCACAUACAUUUGAAGAAGUUGACCGCACAGUUGAAGCAUUUAAGCAAGUCGGCAAGAAUCUUGGUGUGAUCAAUUAAGGAGGUAGUAGUGAGUGGACACAAUGACAUAACGAAGAAGGAUGAAGGUGGAGGCUAUGGAAAGUAGGACAAACCUUGGCAAAUAGCAGUGCUGGAUGUUCACACUCCUUUAAUAUUAAAUGAUUAAUUUUUAUAUACAUUUGAGGAUUGACAUUGGUGGUAAAAUUGUCUAUAUGUAUCCACCUCUGGCUGUCUUCAGGCUACUUUCCUUAUAAACCACAUCAAAAGUUAAGUUAUACAGCCACUUACAAGGUGUGACAUUGAUGUUUAUAUAAAUUACAAUGAGAUAUGAAUCUACAGUAAAAAAUAACAGCAUUACUACAUCAUGUGGUUUAUAGGGAUCAUGAGACACACUGAAGAGAGAGCUUAUGGAUACUUUCACCGUCCCUUUCAGAUUCAGCACUGCCACUCUUCCAUGUUUCCACUACUUGCAGUUCUACCCUUGUGAAAGCAAUCUUACUUCUAGUAUUGUAACAUUUUAUUACAGUUUUUAUCAAGAUAGCAAGUUAACAGUUACACUCCAUCCAUCACUAUCAUCAGCUGUGAUCUUCAUGUAAAUAAUCUGACAUCAAACAGUGAGAUUUGAUAAAUUGUUACAUUGCUCUUGCUGAUGGGAGGAAUAAUAUGUGAUAGUUACAAAACUGUAUGGCUAGUGGGUCAUGGCAUUGGCUCAUCUGAAGGAGUGGUUCUGUGCCUACAACAAAAUGUACAAGGUCUACUCACCGUAAGCCAGGCACCACACUCCCAUUCAACAUAGAAAAGCGGCUGUUUAACUCCCAUAUUUACCCCCCCCCCCUCUCUCUCUCUCUCUCUCUCUCUCUCUCUCUCUCUCUCUCUCUCUCUCUCUCUCUCUCUCUCUCUCUCUCUCUCUAUACACCACAGCUCACAUACCCACAGUAUUGUUUUACUCACCACAGACCACUCAUCACAGUUCCAUCUAACUAAAUUUUCAACACAUCCCCUCUCUUCCUUAAUCUCUCUCUAAGCACCACAGAUAGCUCAAAAUAUACUGAUUCAUUGACAUGAAAUAUGACAAAAAUAAUUUACCAAAUUCUUGUUUUGUACAUCAUCCUGCUUCUCUUAAUAAAUUAUUACCAGUACUA